GUAUGGCCAGAAGGUCAUGGCAUUACUUCUUGACAAGCGCGGAUCCGAGAUCCAGAUCACCGAAGACAUCCUAAAGAAAGCAGCUUCGAAUAGGGGUAAUGGCCAGAAGGUCAUGGCAUUACUUCUCGAUAAGCGCGGAUCCGAGAUUCAUAUCACCGAAGACAUCGUCAAGGCUGCAGCGUCGAAUCAGCUUAACGGCCUGCAGGUGAUGGCAUUACUUCACGGCAAGCGUAGAUCCGAAAUACAGAUCACCGAAGGCAUCGUAAAGGCUAUAGCUUCAAAUAGCUACAUUGGCGAGGAAAUGAUGGCACUACUUCUCGAGAAGCGCGGAUCCGAGGUUCAGAUCACCGAAGACAUCGUCAAGGCUGUAGCAUCGAAUUGGGGUAAUAUCCAGAAGAUUAUGGCAUUACUUCUCAAAGAGCGCGGAUCCGAGAUCCAGAUUAACGAAGGCAUCAUCAAGGCUGUAGCGUCGAAUGAAGGUAAUGGCCAGGAGGUGAUGGCAUUACUUCUCGACAAGCGCGAAUCCGAGGUUCAUAUCACCGAAGACAUCGUCAAGGCUGCAGCAUCGAAUGAGGGUUAUGGCCAGAAGGUUAUAGUAUUGCUUGUCAAAGAGCGCGGAUCCGAGAUCCAGAUCACCGAAGACAUCGUCAAGGCUGUAGCGUCGAAUGAAGGUAAUGGCCAGGAGGUGAUGGCAUUGCUUCUCGACAAGCGCGAAUCCGAGGUUCAUAUCACCGAAGACAUCGUCAAGGCUGCAGCGUCUAAUGAGAGUUAUGACCAGAAGGUCAUGGCAUUACUUCUUGACAAGCGCGGAUCCGAGAUCCAGAUCACCGAAGACAUCGUCAAGGCUGUAGCGUCGAACAGGUGUAAUGGCCAGGAGAUGAUGACAUUACUUCUCGACAAGCGCGGAUCCGAGAUUAAGAUCACCGAAGACAUCCUGAAGAAAGCAGCUUCAAACGAGCAUAAUGGCCAGGAGGUGAUGGCAUUGCUUCUCGACAAGCGUGGAUCCGAGAUCCAGAUCACCGAAGACAUCCUGAAGGAAGUAGCUUCGAAUGAGCAUAAUGGCCAGGAGAUGAUGACAUUACUUCUCGACAAGCGUGGAUCCGAUAUUCAUAUCACUGAAGACGUCCUGAAGGCUGCAGCGUCUAAUGAGAGUUAUGACCAGAAGGUCAUGGCAUUACUUCUUGACAAGCGCGGAUCCGAGAUCCAGAUCACCGAAGACAUCGUCAAGGCUGUAGCGUCGAACAGGUAUAAUGGCCAGGAAAUGAUGACAUUACUUCUCGACAAGCGUGGAUCCGAUAUUCAUAUUACCGAAGACGUCCUGAAGGCUGUAGCGUCGAAUUGGGGUAAUAGCCAGAAGGUCAUGGCAUUACUUCUCGACAAGCGCGGAUCCGAGGUUCAGAUCACCGAAGACAUCGUCAAGGCUGCAGCAUCGAAUGAGGGUUAUGGCCACAAGGUCAUGGCAUUGCUUCUCAAAGAGCGCGGAUCCGAGAUCCAGAUCAACGAAGACAUCGUCAAGGCUGUAGCGUCGAACAGGUAUAAUGGCCAGGAGAUGAUGACAUUACUUCUCGACAAGCGUGGAUCCGAUAUUCAUAUUACCGAAGACGUUCUGAAGGCUGUAGCGUCGAAUAGGGGUAAUGGCCAGAAGGUCAUGGCAUUACUUCUCAAAGAGCGCGGAUCCGAGAUCCAGAUCACCGAAGACAUCGUCAAGGCUGCAACGGAGACACCUGAAAGCUUGAGCAUCUUUCAUUUACUCUUCGGAACGCGGAAAUCUGAUACCCUCGCUUCCAUCACCAGCAAUACGGAAAAGGAUGCAGCCAUCAAGCAGAAGAUCCACAACGGAUUACAGGUCGCGACCCCCGUGAAGGCAUUGAUAGGCAAGGCCGUGCAGGCCGCACCGGAAGCCGUCAUUGCCUGGGUCGGCGUCUGCUUUGCCUUGGGAGGCAUCAACCGCGAGGGCAUUGCAUACGUCGUUUCGAGGAUGGAGGAGUACUAG